UUACAUCAUCUCUAUUCUCUACUGGCUUCACCUCCCUACUUACACAGCCCAGACUUCACCCUCGAUCAUUUUAACUAUUAUCGUGAUAGUUCAUAUAACUCCUUUGUCCUUUGACAUUUAACUAACCCUUCCUAGAAAACACCCUGUGAUGUAGUGCUUCGGAUCUGAUUUCUGCUGCCACUCUACAUCAGCUGCUGAAUCUUAAAGUUUUCUGAUUUUCUCCUGGAUUGUGUUGAGUCUUCUGACCAUCCAAUCAAAUGCAUUCUGCUAGUGAGCUUUUGAUUUAUAACAUUUCCAUUUGGUUCUUAUGGUUUUCAUCUCUGCUGAAAUCUCUUGUCUACUAUCAGAGUCCUCAAUAUGGUUCAAUCAAAAUGAAGCUGCUCAUUUGGGCCUGCAUCCUGUGUGUUGCUUUUGCAAGGAAGAGGCGUUUCCCCUUCAUUCGUGAGAAAUUUUUCUCAUCCAGCGAAGAGGAUUACAAUGGCUAUCGUUACCCACUUAAUCCAUCUCUGAAUGUUCCUUUUGGUCUAUGGAACAAUAAUUUGCCACCUCCUACUUCCUCUGCUGGUUAUCCCCCAGUGAAGACCGUCCCCAAUUACCCUGGGCAUGCUGGCUCUGACUCCGAGGCACCUUCCUAUUCCUGGAUUCUCAGUGCUUCUGGGAAGCCCUAUGCAUACCAAGUCCCUGGUUAUCCCUCAGCUAGAGGGUACACCGCUCAGGCUAAUGCUCCUGGGGCAGCCCCCCUUGGCCACCCUGUUGCUGUUCCUGCUGCACCUGCUGCUCCAUCUAAUGCCGCUGAGCCCCCUGCAGCCCUGCCUCCUCCAUCGGAGCCUGCUGCAGCCCUACCUCCUCCAUCGGAGUCUGCUGCAGCCCUGCCUUCUCCACCGGAGCCUGCUGCAGGGAUACCCCCUCCAUCAGAGCCUGCCGCAUCUGUACCUCUUCCAUCAGAACCUGCUGUGGCUCAGCCUGCUGCACCUCAGCAUGUUGCAGCUCAUCCUGCUGGAGCCAAACCAGCUGCAGCCGAACCUGCUUCACCGAAGCCUGCUGCAGCUGGCCCCGCUGUACCCAAACCUGCUGGAGCCGAUCCUUCUGCUGAGCCUCCUGCAAACAAACCUAUCUCUGCAGCAGAGGCAGCCGCAGCUGAGCUAGCCGAAGCCGAGCCCCUUGCCCCUGAGCCCUUCCUAUUUGACUCUACUGCAGAUGAGCCUACUAUGGAUGAGCCUGCUGCAGAUGAACCUCUGACAACUAACCCUCUCAUCGUCCAGCCUCUUUCACUGGAAGACCCUUAGCCUUCUCUCUCAUCAGAUACUGCUGCAGAAACCAGUGAAAUCUACAAAACUGUUUCUUUUUCUAAUACUAUUUCAUCGUAUUAUAUUAAAACUAUCCAUUUCACCACAGUGA